AGGAUGCCGAGCUGGCGCAGCAGCGCGAUGUGCGCGGAGAGCGUCGUGAGUGGACUCGUGUGGAGUGGUGCGGUGCCAGCCACGGCGUGGGAUUAUGCUGCUGGGCCGUCGAUGUCGAGCAUGAUGGGCUAGGCUCGCGAUGCCGGACUCGCACUUGCGUCGCUGCACGGGCCGUGCUCAUCAUCCUCCACCUGCAGGCCCCGCUCGUGGCUCCGACAGCCGUGGCCGUGGCCGCGGCGCACCGCGCGGCCGCGGCCGUGCCUUUGACCGUCACUCGCAGACGGACCGUGUCGACACGGACAAGAACCUGCGCCAGGGCUGGGGCGGCGAGGACGGCAAGCGCGAGCUCGCCGCCGAGCAGAACGCCGUCGCCGACGCCGCCGCCGAGGGCGCUGCGGCCACCGCCGAGGCUGCCGCGCAGCCCGCCAUUGCCAACGGCGACGAUGCCGCUGCCGGCGCCGCAGCGCCCGCCGUCGCGCCCGUGCCGGAGGAGGAGGAGGACAACACCAAGACGUACGACGACUACCUGGCCGAGCAGAAGGCCAAGCGCGCCCAGCUCAGCGCCGCCGCCAAGCCGCUGCGCGAGGCCGAGACGGACGACUCGAGCCUCGGCCAGAAGGUCGUGAAGGGCGAGGGCAACACGGACUUCUGGGCCGCCAAGGAGAAGGUGAGUCGAGUGUAAGAAGCAUGGGAGAUGCCUGUGCGGAGCGUGCAGCGCCGCACUGCGGGUGCAUGCGUGCAAGGCGUGGCAUGGCCCUUCGACGACUGCCGGCGUGGCUCGCUCGCCGUCGCUGACACCUCCAUCCGCAGGAGACUGCCCGGCGCACGCGCGAGAAGAAGGAGCGGCAGGUGCUCGAGAUCGAGCAGACGUUCAACCAGCCCGCCGGCGGUGCCGAGCGCGGCGG